GUUCUCAAAAAUUGGUUUGGAUUGGUUUUUAUAGUUUUUAUCAAAGGUGAAAAAGUAAAGUAAUAGUCACCAUUUAAACGUCAUUAUUUAAAAUAUUUCAGAAGAAUUUCAAUUCAACCAUUUUCGGCUUCGUUCUACGGUUUUAGUGCAGUAAUGUGAGAAUUAAUUCGAUCUAAUGUCCCUCGCUGAAGAAAUAUUUUCACUCAUCUGUGUGGAAGAGUUUUUGAACUAAGCUGGAUUUCGGUGACUGAAUCGUAUAUUUCAUUAUUUUUCUAUGAAAUUUUAUUCGUUGAUUCACUUUAAUUGAUGAAUGAGUUUAUGGCAUCUAUGUGUAUGGUGGAAAUGAAUUCAUCCACGACCAAUUUAGUGAAGGAGGAUAUACCACUUCUACAGAAAACACAUGAAAGUAACAUAUUCACCAGAUUACAACUUUCAGUGUAUUGGUGAUUCGGAAAACAAUUGUGUAUCGUCUAUUUUUGUUUGCUUUCAACAUGACUGAGAAUGAUGAAAGUAAUGGUAAAAAAAGACUCGAUUCGAAACCCUACAUCUAUAACCGAAGACAUGUAAGAAAAUUUCACAGAACCAGAAUUUUACUUUCUCGGUGCUGCAGUUGGAUCUGGAGAAAAUGUUGGAGAGAGAAGGAACUGCAGUCCAGAACCAUUAUUAUUGGAAAACAAAGCGUCGAAAGAUACCCGCCGAAUGUUAUUCGAAAUCAAAAAUACAGCAUUUUAACAUUUUUGCCAUUGGUGUUAUUCGAACAGUUUAAAUUCUUUUUGAAUUUAUACUUUUUAAUUAUGGCUCUAAGUCAGUUUGUACCAGAUUUGCGGCUGGGUUAUCUGUACACUUACUGGGGACCGCUGAUUUUCGUACUGACCGUGACGUUGUUUAGAGAAGCCAUCGAUGAUUUCAGACGUCAUCAAAGAGAUGAAGAAGUUAACAGUCAAAAAUACACGAAAAUUUUCAGAACAAAAGAUCAUACUAUUAGUUCGGAACUGGUGUCUUCAUCCAAACUGAAAGUCGGCGAUUUGAUAAUGGUUGAGAAAGAUCAACGAGUACCAGCCGACUUGGUCCUCAUUCGUACCACCGAAACAUCGGGAGCUUGCUUUGUACGUACUGAUCAAUUAGAUGGUGAAACCGAUUGGAAAUUGAGAUUAGCCGUUCCCGAGACUCAGAAGCUCGACUCCGAUGAAAACGUAUUUGAUAUUCAUGCUACCAUAUUUGCUGAGAAACCUCAACGAGAUAUCCAUACUUUCAUCGGCACCUUCAAAAUGGAAGGAUCCGCGGAACAUAGUCUUGAUUUAGAAAAUACCUUGUGGGCUAAUUGCGUAGUUGCCUCUGGUUCGGCUUUAGGAUUGGUUGUGUACACCGGCGCAGAAACGCGCUCCGUGAUGAAUAAUUCUCAACCUCGUAGCAAAGUCGGUUUAUUGGACAUCGAAAUCAAUCAAUUAACCAAGGUGCUAUUUGCCGCCGUUAUCGGUUUAGCCUUCGUCAUGAUGUGUUUAAAAGGAUUCAGCGGACCUUGGUACAGAUACAUGUUCCGAUUUGUGUUACUGUUUUCCUACAUUAUUCCGAUCAGUUUGAGAGUCAAUUUGGAUAUGGGUAAAGCGUUUUAUUCGUGGUCCAUGCAAAGAGACGAAGAAAUGCCCGAUACUGUUGUGAGAUCCACUACGAUUCCUGAAGAAUUGGGUCGCAUAUCGUACCUCUUGAGUGAUAAGACUGGCACUUUAACUCAAAAUGACAUGGUUUUCAAGAGAUUACACUUGGGAACUGUUUACUAUGGCCACGAUGCUUUCGAUCAAGUGGAACAACAGUUGAAUGCGAUCUAUAACGUGAACGGUGAGCCAUUACCCGGUGGUUCUCAUGCGAAUUCGUUGACAUUAUCUGCAUCAGGUGUAAUGGGUACUAAGUUGAGAAGAUCGGAACACACAAGAUUACUCGAGGCUGUUAAAGCUAUUGCAUUAUGUCAUAAUGUCACGCCUGCCUAUGACGGUUCCGAUCAAAAUAGCAGUGUCGCUGGUGAUGUUACAGAAAUGGCGUCUGAUGAAGAAUUUCUCACUUAUAUCAAAGAAAAAGAGCCGUCCUAUCAAGCUUCUAGUCCAGAUGAGGUUGCUUUAGUCAAGUGGUCUGAGCGUGUCGGUUUGGCAGUCAUUAAACGUACCCAAACGAGAAUGUAUUUAAAAACACCGGUUAAUCAAAUUUCCAAGUACACUAUUCUUCAAAUGUUUCCUUUCACUCCGGAAACUAAGCGUAUGGGUAUAAUUUUAAAGGAGGAUAAGACCGGUGAAAUUGUGUUUUAUUUGAAAGGCGCUGACGUUAUUAUGACCAAGAUAGUACAGUACGCUGACUGGCUGGAAGAAGAAUGUGGAAACAUGGCACGUGAAGGCUUAAGAACGUUGGUUGUUGCUAAGAAACAGUUGACUGAGGAACAGUAUUUGGAUUUCGAGGCUAGAUUGAAUGCCGCUCGACUGAGUAUAACUGAUCGUGGGGCUCGUGUCAGCGCCGAAGUCGAAAAACUGGAACAUGAUAUGGAAUUACUGUGUGUUACCGGUGUCGAAGAUAAAUUGCAAGACAACGUCAGACAAACAUUGGAAUUGUUACGAAAUGCCGGAAUUAAAAUAUGGAUGUUGACCGGCGACAAAUUGGAAACUGCUACGUGUAUUGCAAAAAGUUCUCGUUUAGUUUCUCGCAAUCAGGAGUGUUUUGUUUUUUCUCCCAUUACCGCACGAAUUGAAGACGCGCAGAUCCAAUUACACAAUUUUCAAAAGAAACACGACUGUGCGUUGAUCAUUUCGGGAGAUACACUAGAAAUUUUUUUGAAGUAUUAUCAAAAAGAAUUCCUCGAAGUAGCGUGUCGAAGUCCCGCCGUUGUAUGUUGUAGAUGCUCUCCAACUCAGAAAGCCCAAGUCGUUUCCUUGAUCAAAUUGCAUACAGGCAAACGAACAGCUGCUGUAGGAGACGGAGGAAACGACGUAUCCAUGAUACAAGCUGCUGAUACUGGUAUUGGGAUUGCGGGACGUGAAGGUAAACAGGCAUCUUUAGCUGCCGACUUCUCGAUACCGCAGUUUUCGCAUUUAGCUCGUUUGAUCGUUGUUCACGGAAGAAACAGUUACAAACGAUCCGCUUCAUUAAGUCAAUUUGUUAUUCAUCGUGGUCUCAUAAUUUCCACCAUGCAAGCUAUAUUUUCAGCUGUGUUUUAUUUUUCUUCGGUAUCGCUGUAUCAAGGUUUAUUAAUGGUUGGAUAUGCGACUAUUUACACAAUGUUUCCGGUAUUCUCAUUAGUAUUAGAUAAGGACGUUUCUGGACGUAUUGCCCUCACAUACCCUGAAUUAUAUAAGGAAUUGAGUAAAGGGCGUUCUCUUUCGUUCAAAACAUUUUUCAUAUGGGUACUCGUGAGCAUUUACCAAGGCGGAGUGAUUAUGUACGGCGCAUUGAUUCUCUUCGAAGAUGAGUUUAUACACAUUGUUGCAAUUAGUUUUACCGCUUUAAUUUUAACGGAAUUAAUUAUGGUGGCUUUGACCGUGCGCACUUGGCAUUAUUUAAUAGUGCUAGCAGAACUCUUCAGCUUGGCGGUCUAUAUUUUGUCAUUGGUGGUUUUCAAAAAUUAUUUCGAUGCUAGUUUCUUACAAACUCGAGAAUUCUUAUGGAAGGUUCUUCUCAUAACUCUGGUCAGCUGUUUUCCGCUGUAUAUUUUGAAAUUCUUGCGGAAGAAAUUUUCACCGCCGAGUUACUCCAAACUGUCGUAAUGGCUGUUCUGCGUUUCUAAUACAAAUUUGUGCAAGGAAUUGUAUUGUGCAAAUGUUUUAUUAUUUUUUUUUUUGAAAUGUUUACGUCCGCGCCCUAAUAUGUAGUUUUUUCAUUAUCAUCAUGAGUGAAUAAUUACGAUAUCUACUCUGAUCACUACUAUGAUUAUUAGAAGAAUACAUUUCUCGAGAAUUUGUACUUAAUUGUAUGUAAUUUAAAUUUUCAGUUAUUCAUGUUGGAAAUAUCGCAAAUUGAGAAGUUGCAGUUUUUUUGCUUAUAUUUAUUAUUUUUUUACGACACGUUUUAUUAUCCUUGAGUUUUAUCGCUGUGUACGGAUUGGAUGUAAUGACUAUGAGUCAUAUUCAAUUCAUACAUUAUGUAGGUAAACGUUUUAUUUUAUAAAAUAUACUAUAUACGAGAGAUUCCUUUUCUCUUGUUUUGUGAUUGUUUAAGGAAUGUUAUAACUAGAGUAUGUUGCCAAUAAUAGUAAAAUUGUGAUGUUGGAUUUGAGGCACGGUUUACAUUUUAUUGAUGUUUUAGAGUAAUUCAACGGAUACGUAUUUCAAAUCUCAAUACCGGAUUCUCUCCCCAAAGUAUAAAAAAUCCAAUGAGUGUCCUCGCAUGAUCGACUACUUAGAGUAAUUCAACGAAUUCUUUAAAUCUCAAUACCGAUUGUCUCCCCAAAGUAUAAAAAAUUCAAUGAGUGUCCUGGCAUGAUCGACUACUUUUUUGUUUUAAAAACUCUGCUAUCUAACAAACUUCGUUUCAACAUUCCUUGUUUAUUAAUGUGUUGCUACAAUAAUGAAUGUUAUACAUUUUUUAAUUUGUGCUUACCAUUACAUGUAAUACUAUCUUUUUUUGUUUUAUUUUGUUUUUUAAAUAUUCAUUUUUUUCAUGUACCAAGAAGUACCA